GCAUGUGCCUAGGUGGUAGACCUGACUCUUGUCACGUCAAUCGUCGUCUACAUCUUACGUAGUCGGUAGUAACUAGUUCUAACUUCUUCAUCUGUAAUCUGUGAUCUGCGUCCAUCAUAAAAGAAUAAAGUACCUUAUAUAAAAAAUACCUUCAUCAUCAGUUUUGGUUACUUGGUUAGAUAUAGGCACUAGCUUUGGUCCUGUCUCGAAUAUUUUAAAAAAUCCUAAUCGCUACUCGAAAUAAUAACAAAAAUAUUGGUAUAUAUUUUAUCUUCAAAGAAUAUACACCUUUAAGUUAAGAUUACCAAGCAGAAUGUUUACAGACAAAGUUGUACUUAUAACUGGAGCCAGUUCUGGAAUUGGAUCUGAGACAGCAAUAGAAUUUUCCAAACUUGGAGCAAAAUUGGUUAUUACAGGACGGAACAAAGUCAACUUGGAUAAUGUAGCUAAACUGUGUCAAGAGAUUUCACCUCAGAAACUAGAACCUCUUACCAUUAUUGCAGACAUGAAUAGUGAAAAUGAUGUGGCAAAUAUUAUAAACAAAACAAUUUCUCAGUUCACCAAGUUAGAUGUUCUAGUCAACAAUGCAGGUGUAUUAGAAUCUGGGACAAUAGAAUCUACAUCAUUAGAACAAUAUGACAGGGUUAUGAACACUAAUGUCCGUGGGCCAUACUAUUUGACCAUGUUAGCAACCCCAUAUCUUAUUGAAAGUCGAGGGAAUAUUGUGAAUGUGUCGAGUGUAACUGGAAUGAGGUCAUUCCCAAAUGUUUUGGCUUACUGCAUGUCCAAAUCGGCUUUGGAUCAGUUUACAAGAUGUGUUGCUUUAGAAUUAGGACAAAAGGGUGUCCGAGUGAAUGCAGUGAAUCCCGGAGUAAUAACAACUGGUCUCCACAAAAAAGGAGGCAUGAAUACAGAAGAAUAUGAAGCAUUUCUUAAGAAGUGUGCUGAAACUCAUGCUUUAGGUAGACCGGGUGAUGCAAAAGAAGUAUCAUCAGUUAUAGUGUUUUUAGCUAGUGAUGCAGCAAGUAAUAUCACAGGAGCUACUCUUCCAGUUGACGGCGGGCGUCAUGCAAUGUGUCCACGAUAAUGUGAUAUGACUCGAUUAUACAAAGUUUGUGUAUGUUUUUACUUUUUACAAUGUAUAUAGAAUAAUGCAUAUAUGUUAACUAUCCUUUUAUUGUUUAUUUACUUAUAUUUGUUUU